CCCUCUGCUCCCCCUCCUCAAGAAGUAGACCUGAACAGUGGGGAGGAAGGGACCCCAGCCAGAUGCUCCAGUCCUCUGGGCUGCACUGACCUCAGCUCGCUUAGUCCGAAGAAACUAUAACAAAGAAGAGAGAUACCCCCCCUCCCCUCCUUAGCCAAGAAACCACUGCCCCCAAGCCCAGAAACAUAGAGGAAAAAGAAACAGAGCUUGGAGGCUGCAGAGGUGGUGGGGUCUGCCUGGAGGCAGGGAGCCUUCGCCCCUGAGUGGGGGCCGGGGUUGGAGUAGGAGCCAGGGCAGGCUUGGGGGGCUUGCAUUAGAGAAGACAAGCAAAGGAAGACGUCUGCCGGAGCUUCGGAGCUUUCGGGCUCGGACGCCGCCAGUCACCAUGGGAUGCUGCACCGGGCGCUGCACUCUCAUCUUCCUCUGUACUCUGCAGCUGCUCUCAGCAUUAGAGAGGCAGAUCUUUGACUUCCUUGGCUUCCAGUGGGCACCAAUUCUUGGAAAUUUUCUUCACAUAAUAGUUGUCAUCUUGGGCUUGUUUGGAACCAUUCAGUUUAGACCUCGAUAUAUAGUGGUGUACACGGUGUGGACUGCCCUGUGGGUCACCUGGAAUGUUUUCAUUAUCUGCUUUUAUUUAGAAGUAGGCGGGCUGUCUAAGGAUACCGACCUAAUGACAUUUAACAUCUCAGUGCACCGGUCUUGGUGGAGAGAACAUGGACCAGGUUGUGUACGGAGAGUGCUGCCACCUUCGGCUCAUGGAAUGAUGGAUGACUACACUUAUGUCUCUGUGACAGGCUGUGUGAUUGACUUUCAGUACCUGGAGGUCAUCCAUAGCGCCAUCCAAAUACUGCUUUCUUUGAUUGGCUUUGUGUACGCCUGUUAUGUGAUCAGUGUUUUCAUGGAGGAAGAGGACAGCUUUGACUUCAUAGGUGGACUUGACACACACUCCUACCAUCAGUCCCCCCAGGAUCAUGUUGAAUUAAAGCCUGUUAAACCUGUAAUACUUGGCACCAGCCCUUUAGGUGGAACAGUAGAGCAAGAGGAAGAAUUAUUUCCUGAGUUCACAUCUGACUUCAGAGGAAAAAUUGACUAUAAGUGA